GAACCUAUAAAGUCCAGGGCACCACAGCUUCACUUGGAGUAUAGAUUUUACAAACAGUUGGGAAAUUCAGGUAAGAAAGAGGGAAUCCCUCAGGUGUACUACUUUGGUCCUUGUGGGAAAUACAAUGCUAUGGUGCUGGAGCUCCUCGGGCCCAGUCUAGAGGACCUGUUUGACCUCUGUGACCGCACAUUUUCUCUCAAGACCGUCCUCAUGAUAGCCAUACAGCUGAUAACAAGGAUGGAGUACGUGCACACCAAGAGCUUGAUAUACCGUGAUGUGAAGCCAGAAAACUUUCUUGUCGGGCGGCCGGGAAGCAAGAGGCAACACACCAUCCACAUCAUCGACUUUGGUCUGGCCAAAGAGUACAUAGACCCCGAGACCAAAAAACACAUCCCCUAUCGGGAGCACAAGAGUCUGACUGGGACGGCGCGCUACAUGAGCAUUAACACACACCUGGGAAAAGAGCAAAGCAGAAGGGAUGACUUGGAAGCACUGGGUCACAUGUUUAUGUACUUCCUCCGAGGGAGCCUCCCCUGGCAGGGUCUAAAGGCUGACACUCUGAAGGAGAGGUAUCAGAAAAUAGGUGACACCAAACGAGCGACUCCCAUCGAAGUGCUUUGUGAAAGUUUCCCCGAAGAGAUGGCCACCUACCUGCGCUACGUGAGGAGACUGGAUUUCUUCGAGAAGCCUGAUUACGAUUACUUGAGGAAGCUCUUCACUGAUCUGUUCGACAGGAACGGCUACGUCUUUGACUAUGAAUACGACUGGGUCGGCAAAUCUCUCCCCACACCGAUCGGCCCCAUCCCCAGUGACACGCCCCUGCAGCCCAGCAGCAGAGACAAAGCACAACAGCAGACCAAAAACCAGUCACCUGAGCCCAAAGGAAGUGAGUCUCAGCCCACUCCAGUGACCAAUAAGGAGACUCUGGGGUCGCACCUCACAGCUGAGCGGCUGGGGGGCUCUGUUCAGGUGAUGAGCUCAACGAAUGGCGAGUUGAACACUGAUGAUCCCACAGCCGGACACUCCAACGCUCCCAUCACUGCUCCCACUGAGGUUGAAGUGGCCGACGAAACCAAGUGCUGUUGUUUCUUCAAAAGGAGAAAGAGGAAAGCCCUCCAGAGGCAUAAAUGAAAGACGAGAACCGAGAGAACUUGAACCAUUGUGAUCACUGUCAAGUUUUAAAUGGAAGCAACUACACAGGCACCCCACCCCAAAAAUCCACUCCCGUAUCUCUCGCCAGCUGCCCCCCCUCCCCUCAACCUCACACCUUAUCUCUCCAGUCACCUCCUCCUCUCCUCACGCUCUCUCUCUCGCUCUCAAUGCUCCCCGGCUGCCGGCGGGUUGAAGGAAUGUUGCAGUCCUACUGACUCCUCAACAGACUCUGGAUUCCUUUCAAUGGACGGAAAACAAACGUACCUACUUUACAUCAGGAGGGAGUGGGAGGGGCUUGAGAAAAGUUUAAAAAGCUGUAACAAUGAAACUCAAAUACCGUGGCGUGAAUAUGAAAAAAGAUACUGUUUGAAACAGUUGUUGUAUUCUAGAUUUCAUAAAGAGCGUGUCAGUCAGCUGUUGAUCAGGGGAAACGUUCAAGUGGAUCGAGUGAAUGGAAUCUGCUCUUAAGGAACUUGUUGAUUUGUUUUUGUUUUUUUUGUUUUUGUUUUUUUUUUCAUUUUAUUUCUUUGAUGUUUGUUUUGGGAUCAAGGUAAAGAGGAAAAGGUAACUAUGCUGAUGUUUAAAUCUGAGAGACACAGGAAGCAUUUCAUCUAUAAAACAAAUUUUGGAUGAUUUUUAUGUAAUUAUUUCUUCUUCUUUUUUGUAAGUGAUUCCUCGGUUUUUUUUUUUUUUUUUUUUUGACAUCGAAUCCCUGCAUUGAAAACUUUUUUUUAUGUUGUAGUGUUCUGGAGUUCAAAUCUUUCCUCACUCUGGCUUUCUUUUUGUCUGUCAAUGUGGACUUAGUAGCACAGUCACUGGUCUCAGGUACUGUGGAAGAACGAGAGAUACCGAUUUUAAGCUCUCUUAUUAUUAUUGCACUUUUGGGGAAGAAAAACAAUUACAGAGGAAAACUUUAGGUUUGAAAUUAACAAUAAAGAAAAGAACUUAAUAAAGACUGAUUUAGGAAGAGUCUUUCGCAAUGCUUAUAUCUGAGUUAUGGCUGAAAAGUGUUGAUUUACAUGAAAAAGCAAAAAAAAAGAAGUUGUCUUUUGAAUUUCAUUUCUUACAUCGAGAUAAUUUACCAGGAAAUCAUAGUUUGUGCCUUUCUAAGUAAAAUGUUUAAAGCUGAGUAAGUAUCCCAUGAUGACAUUUUAUCUAAUCUGACCCGUGUGUGUGUGUGUGUGUGUGUGUGUGUGUGUGUGUGUGUGUGUGUGUGUGUGUGUGUGUGUGUGUGUGUGUGUGUGUGUGUGUGUGUGUGUCCCACUGUUCUACAUGAAAAAAAAUAAGAGUCACUUGCGAGGUUCUGAGUCUUUCUCGUCUGCUGUAGUUUGUAGUUUUUGAUGCCAUCUGAAGUUCAGAUUUCAUGGCCUUCAAUUCUACACUGAACCCCUAAAUUGUCUUCAGAUGAAUCUUGUUUUCAUGCUGCAGCAUCACCAUCCUCUGAACAAGAGAUGCACAAUGAUAAUGUUGCCUCCACUACAAGGGUCCGUGUUUUGUCUGAAAAUUACAGGAAAAUAUUGGAGCGGACGUCAAUGAUGAACCAACAUACUUGGAAAAGACGACCAGAUGAUAAUGCAUCUCAAUGCCUCCGUCAUGCCAUGUUUUUGUUAAACUGAUCAUUUUUUCACUCUUGCAUUUUGCCUGGUGGAGUUUUCCUUGAAGAUCCACCUGAGAUAAACUAUAGUUUUUCCUCCUACACAGAAGAUUCUGUCACAUCUGUAAAACCUGGCCCAUUUUAGACGAUGUGUCCAUGAGGUAGAAGCCCAGACUUGGUCCAACUUUACAUUUGCAGGAAUAUUGGGAACUACAGUAGGAGUCUGAAUGUUUUUUUUUUUUGUUUUUUUUGUUCGUUUGUUUAAAUUUGAGUUUUGAUGUGAGUUCAUUGUUAAACUGAAGGAAAGCCUUGGUCACAUUUGACUUGCACAAGAAUUGAUGAGCUUUUAAUGAGUUUACAGCUGAGCUUCUCAUUUAAGUCAAACCUCAAGCCAUGAAGGGAAGAUAAUGUAAGGAAAGAACCAAGCAGUUGUACCUGGUAGCGGCAUUGUCGGCUAAAUUCAAGACCCCACAUGAGGCCUGUACACUGCAGAGCUGUAUGUUUGCCGCUGUAUAUUAACCCAAACUCAUCUCCAGAUGUUCCGCGGAUCACGCAGGACGCUCCUGUGCGCUCUAAUGCGUGGGGCCGUCGCUGUCCAAAGAGCUGAGAAGAGCGCAGUAAGGAAACUCUCUGAAAGAUAGACCGGUUCAGCUGAGCAGCAAAGGGACCCAGCUUGGCUUAACCCAUGACAUUUGCUUUAUCUGACUUAUAUUUUUUUCUCUUUUUGAAGAUGCGCAGACCAGAGUUGAACUGUGUUUCUGCUCUCUUAGUGUAACUAUUUGCAAUAUGUAUUUGUAAAUAUGACAACGACAGAUCACUAAUUGUGAAUAAAGGAAGUUUUAUCACAG